UUGCUUCAGCGCAGCGACUCAGGCCCUCGGGAUCCCAGAUCAUGUGUACACCGCGUCGAAUUCUGUAUUUAAACCCUACCUCAGGCACCCUUUCCCGCGCCGCGAUUUCCACUCCAUUUUAAAUCUCUACUCACCGAAGCUCGCAUUCGGAAAACCUUCGAUGUCUCUUAGGGUUUUGUAGGGCAGCCAAGGGGCUUCCUUUCCUUCCCUUGGCCGUCGAGGAACCGGCGUCGGAAACCUAAGGUUUCGCUCGUAGUUCGGAAUCUAGGGUUUCGAUCUCUCGUUCUUCGUUCUUCUCCCACCAAUGGAGGCGGUGGUGGUGGACGCCGGAUCCAAGCUCCUUAAAGCUGGAUUCGCCGCUCCGGAUCAGGACCCUGCCUUGAUUAUUCCAACCAAAAUGAAGCGUGUGGUGGAGGAUGGAGAGCCGGCGGAUAGUUCGGCGGUUGAGGAGGUGACGGUGGAUCCGGUGGUGAGGGGUUUUAUUAGAGACUGGGAUGCGAUGGAGGACUUGCUACGCCAUGUUCUCUACACCAGCCUUGGAUGGGAGGUUGGAGAAGAAGGGCAAAUUCUGUUUACGGAUCCACUUUCUACUCCGAAGGCUGUCAGAGAACAACUGGUGCAACUAAUGUUUGAAACAUUCAAUGUUUCGGGCUUUUAUGCUUCUGAACAGGCAGUAUUGUCACUUUAUGCAAUAGGUCGCAUCUCAGGGUGUACUGUUGAUAUUGGACAUGGAAAGAUAGAUAUUGCACCGGUUUGUGAAGGUGCUGUUCAGCACAUUGCUUCAAAAAGAUUUGAGAUUGGUGGAAUUGAUUUGACAAAUUUACUUGCUCAAGAACUUCAUAAGUCCAAUCCAUCAGUGAUCAUCGACAUUUCUGAGGUUGAGAAGUUGAAAGAGCAAUAUGCAUGCUGUGCAGAAGACCAAAUUGCCUUUGAAGAGAUGCGAAAUUCAUGCCAGAAAGAGCAGCACACUCUUCCAGAUGGACAGGUGAUAACAAUUGAAAGGGAAAGGUACAUCAUUGGUGAAGCUCUUUUUCAACCAUCUAUCUUGUGCUUGGAGGAGUAUGGGAUUGUUGAACAGCUGGUUCGUAGCAUCUCAAGUGUUUCAUCUGAGAACCAUCGACAGCUCCUUGAGAAUAUUGUUUUGUGUGGUGGUACAGCUUCUAUGAUUGGUGUGUUCUCCUUCUCUGACACUCAUUCGAUAUUUUUCUUUAAGGUUUUGAAGAGCGCUUCCAAAAAGAGGCAAACCUGUGUUCUUCAUCUGUUCGUCCAUCUCUUGUAAAGCCCCCAGAAUACAUGCCUGAGAAUUUAUCAAAGAACUCAGCCUGGAUGGGAGGUGCUAUAUUGGCUAAAGUUGUCUUUCCUCAAAAUCAGCAUGUCACCAAGGCAGACUAUGAUGAGACAGGACCAUCUAUUGUCCACAAGAAGUGCUUCUAGUACUUACGAAUAUGGUAUAUUCUCAUUUCCAUUAAACUGACACACUAAGUUCUUGCUGACUGUCAUCAGUAUGCAUAAGGUACUCUUGCUUGUACCCUUAUAUGUAUAUGCAAUUGCCUACAUGUUACAGGAAGAGGAUACACAUGGUUAAUCACCUGGUUUUCUCUUUGAGUUAGUAGUUCAUGCAUGUUGGAGAAGCCUCUUUGAGUUAAUUGGGUCUGCUUUUUGCUUUGCUAAACCUCUUACGGUCACAGUUCUUGCCAUUUUCAGAUCGAGUCUUUUCUUUAAUCACAAACUGGAAGAAGCAAAUCAACAUUUUUCUAUUCUGAUUUAUAUUCUCAAUCACUUUUGAGACAUAUGCAUAUCGGUCAAUACAUAGAUGUAUUAUCAUACCAAUUGGAUGUUUCAUGCAAAUAAUUAUAUUAUUCUUUUUUUCUUUUAUAAGUACAUCUAGUUAUGCAGGUGCUAGUGUACCAAGCAGGUAAACUCUUUGGUAGUUGUACCAAAUGGCCUGGGAUGAAAUCCUGCAUUCACCAUGGUUUGGGGUGUUACAGUAUUGGGGGAGGGCCUGUUCUGUAGCCCAUUUCCUACAUGCCUUUUCUACUGAAAAUUGUAUUUCUGGACUUCUAGUUUCUCUCUUAGAAUGCUCCGAAUGGUAGCCACCAUAGUUGAACACAUUUUUCUUUUCCCUGAUUACUGCUAACAUUUUACGAGGCUAAUGCAUUAGUAGUUAGAACUAUGUAAGUUAAUUGUUUUAUGAGGUAAACACUGUCCACAGCUAAUGCAUUAAAGGUUACUAUUGCUAUAUCUCAUUGAUAGGAUGAUAAAUAAUGAUGCAGAUACAUCCAACUAUUUGGUGCCUAACUUAUGAAGGCACCAGCAAUGACCCUUUAUAUCACUAAUUAGUGAAUGAGAGUUUUUUAAAGCUGACCACAAAUAUUUAGGACUGGAGUUUUAAGUACCCAACUGUACUGGAAAGUUCGAGCAUACCAUACUGACCCAGAAGGGUAUCAAAACCGAGCCCCCAUAUUGAAAUAUGGUACCUUUUGUGCCAUGUGUCGGUACUGCAGCAUGUACCAUUCCAUACAUUUGCGGGAAGAUAUUGGGUUUGGGACAUGGUACAAGUCGCAGUAUUGGAUUGUUUUGGUACUAUAAGUAUUCAUUUGGUUUUAGCUGUAGAAUUGGAAGAAGCUCAAAAGAGAUCUAAUAUGUAUUACGAGCAUGCUGAGUUUGACAAAUUUGAAGAACUGAAUGGCGUUGCAACUGACUGGAAUUCUAUCAGGG